AACAUGGCGGGGACCACUUUAAAGAGCUCGUCGACAGGGCCUGCACUACUUCUUAACGUGCUAAACGUUUUGUGUAUAAUUUUGUUUGCAUAUUUUACAUACACAAACUUUAACAUACUGACGUUCGUUGAGAUAUACAUAAUAGUGUCAGUUAUAAUCCAAGUCCUUAUGCUGGUGUCACUUUUCAACGUCCAUCCUCGGAAGAUAAGUAAUGUAAUGGAAGGAAUAAUUUGCUGGAUCGGGUCCUCCCUAGUCUUUCAUACCAUUGCUGUGCUAUAUGGGGCUCCACUAUUCAGUUCUGUAUCAGAAACUUUCCAUUUAGCAAUGUUGUUGGCAACCACAGCUGCUUUACCAGGACUGAUGGUGCUGGGGAUAAGAAAAGAAGAAUGGACAAGACUUUUCUUUAAAACAAGGAUUUUUUCCAGUCCAUCCAGUGCUUUAGAAAUCAGUAUAUUGGCCAGUGGUGUAUGCAGUGUAUUGGGUGCAUGGCUGGGAGCUUUCCCAAUUCCUUUAGACUGGGACAGGCCUUGGCAGGUCUGGCCAAUUAGCUGUGUGAUAGGGACCCUUGCAGGCUAUAGUUGUGGACUGAUUUUUGCUACUUGUUUCAUCUUAUACCAAAAUAUGAAAGGCAGCAAAUCAAAACUUUUCUGAAAGACAGUGGAAUAUUCUGCAGGAUUUAUUGAAAAAAAAUUGCACUUAAGCAUUUUGAAAACGUUUUGCCAUCUGCAAGACACAUUUGUUUAAUGUGCUACUGAUUGUGGCUGAUACAGUAAUUUCCUAGUUUUAUAUUGUUAAUACAGUAUAUUCUUUUUGUUCAAAAUAAGUCAGAGAUGCUUUAACCAUGGGUGAAAGAUUUUAGGGUCAUCUCUGCUUUCAGGAAUUUCUUUAUUUUGAACAUUUUUUUCAUAUGGUCUCAAUGCGUUUGUUGAUCUAUGAUUUCAGGAUUAUUAGUUUUUAUAACCUUCACCCAUGAACUUUUAUCAGAUAUGGUAAUUUUUUGUGUCAUUCUUUUUUGAAAUGUUGUGUUUCACCAACUUUUCAUUGAUAAUCAGAAGAAUAAAGACAGAAAAUAUGAUAUCAACUGUAACUCCACUUUACUUGACGCACUUAGAGUGGGCAGUACCACUGAUGACAUGUUAAACUGAUUGCAUUUAGCAAGAGUCCAUGCGGAGUUUGAUUUACAUAGAUCAAUAGUUUCAAUGGAAUGAAUGCUAUGUUGUUUUAGUUUUUUUUCUCUUUAAGAUAAGGUACAUCACUUAAUUGAGUGCUUAUCAUUUCAUUCUUUUCAUUAAUACUAAAGUAAAAUAAUUAUAGUAGCAAAAAUUAAGUAUUCAACAUGAUGUAACACAACCCUUGUCUUUCUCAUUG